UGUUGGAUCUGAGCCGAACCUGUCAGCAGCAAUGUGUUCCGUUCAGCCUCUGAGAGAGUUCAUCAGGGAGAGACUCGCUGCUGCCGCGGAGGAGAUUUUCUCCGAGGUGGAGAACACCGUCAGGCUGCUGGAGAGCCGCUGGGGGACCGACACACACCCGGAACCAACGGGUCCGGAACCAACAGGUCCGCAACACCACACACACCCGGAACCAACAGAACUCCAGCUGCUGAAGGUUCCUGAGGACCCGGUUCUGACUGACCCAAAACUAUGGAGCCAGGAGCAAAACCACAGACCCGACCCGGGUGAAGCAGAACCGGGCCGGGAUGUGGUACUGCAGAUCAGAGAGUUAUUCUGCGGUUCUGGAAUCGGCUCGGUCCAGUUUGGAGGAGAACAGGGUCAUCGGCACCAGCUGCCGGACACGAAACCUUGCAGAGCAGAACUUCCACAGCAACAAGAUUCUGAUCAGGUACUGAUGGGCCGGCAGCUCCAGGACCACAGUAGGACCUGGAGACUGGACCAGGAGGAACCAGCACUAUCACUGAAGCAAGAGUACCAGGAGGAUCCAGAACCGUCCUGGAUCAAACAGAACCAGGAGGAUCUGUGUGUCUGUCAGGAGGAAGAGCAGCCGGACCCGGAGACGUUCAUGGCGGUUCCGACUGAUGAAGAAAGUGAUCAGACUGAACCAGAACCAAACCCUGGGUCAGAACCUCUUCAAGGAUCUAAAGUCAAGUCCAGGAAGAAGAGAAGAAAAUAUGCAGAAAGUUCUUCUGGGUCAGAGAGUCUGGAUGAUGAUGAUGAUGAUGAUGAUGGUGGAGCUGCAGCCCAGGUGACAUAUUGGACAGCGUCCCCAGCCGAGGACGUUGUCUCUGUGGGUUCAGAGGGAGGACGACCUUCGACCUCAUCGGCCCCCACCGACAGCGGACCCUGUGGGACGGCGUCCGCUCGCCGGUCAGCAGCGAACUGGGCCCGGCGGACUCCAGCAGCAGAGACUCUGUAUUCCUGCAACACCUGCGGGAAACGCUUCCGGUUCAACUGCCGCUACUUGUCCCACAUGAGGACCCAUACGGGGGAGAAGCCGUUCUCCUGCAGGCAAUGUGGGAAAAGUUUCACUCAGGGGGGAAGUUUGUGGCGACACGUCAGAACGCAUUCCGGAGAGAAACCGUUCAGCUGCAGAACAUGUGGGCGGAGCUUCAGCCAGAAGACGGGUCUGCUGGGCCACAUCAGGACUCAGCACAGAGGGGCGGAGCCAGGCUUUGGCUGAAUGUGUGGGCGGAGCCUCAGAGAGAAGAACAAAGUGGCAACUAAACAGGUUUAGUCAUCAAAAUCAUGAUGAAUGGAAGGAAAAAGUGUCAGAAGUCAAGUGUCAGGUACUGAGGUUCUGACUAGAACUGCACCGAUGGAGGUUUUUUUGGCCGAUCACCAGUCUUUAAAAAGCCUGACCUGCUGAUUCUGAUUUUGGCUGAUAUCAAUUUGUUUGACUGAAAUGUUGCUUAAUAUAGCAAGAAAGUUGCUGAGUUGGUAAGAAUGUGGUGGCUUGUUAACUGCCAACGUGCAGACCCGACCCGGUGGGCGGUCUGUCCGUCAAACCUCUGUCAGGAGAGAGCAGAAGAGGGCAGUGGUUGAUUUUUAGGCCGUUUUUGAGGUAGAUAAAAUCGGAGGAUAAAAUCGGCUUCACAUGUCGGCCGAUCACCGAUCUCUUAGAAUUCAGACAAUUGGCGCCGAUAAAUCCGUUUUCUUACAGAUUCCUUUAAAUAAAGUUUGUUUUCUCC